AUGGCUAUCAGACCUUUACAUCACCCAAGAAUAAUAAAAAAACACCCCAAGAAAUGGCAUCGUCACCACAGUGAUCUGUACAAACGGCUUGGGGACAAAUGGAGGAAACCAAGAGGUAUUGAUAACAGAGUUCGACGAAGAUUCAAGGGGCAGGUGCGUAUGCCCAAAAUUGGUUAUGGAACUGCAAAACGAACUCGUCAUAUUCACCCUGAUGGUUUCAAGCAUGUUGUGAUUCGCAAUGUGAAGGAGCUGGAGGUCCUACUUAUGCAACAUCGUACUCAUGCUGCAGUAAUCGCACAUACUGUGGCAAGAAAAAAUCGUGUCAAAAUUGUUGAGCGAGCCAAACAACUCAGCAUAAGAGUUGUGAACGCCAACGCUGGCUUGAGAUCCACUGAGAAUGAGUGA